AUGGUCCACACAGAGUGCUCCUACAUCACUCGUGACAAGACACCUGCAGUGUUAUUGCUGAAAAAACCUGAAUGUAGGAUUCACGGUAAAGAGUUUGCAGAUCUUAACUCGUGCUCUACUCUUGGCAUCUCAGUGGAGAAGCUCAUGCUCAACCUUGAUACAGAUUCAGAUAGUUCAUCAGCUACAUCCUCCUCUUCGUGUUCUCCUUCAACAGUAUCUGAUGAAGAUGAUCAUCCAAAUGAGAGGGAUAACCGAACUUACUCUGUUAAUACAAAAGAUGAGUUGCCUAUUGAUGAACUGCCUCCUGUUGAAGACUUAUCAAUAAUUCUGCCUGAUGACGUUGAACUGAAGCUCUUUGGGACAGUUUCCAGCAUUAUCGAGCAGCUAGUAAUAAUUGAAUCACUGAGAGGCCUACCUCCAGUAAAUGAGGAAAGCAUAAUUUUUAAAGAAGAUCGGCAAGCAGCAGGAAAGAUAUUUGAGAUAUUUGGUCCUGUUUUACAUCCCUUUUAUGUGUUAAGAUUUAACAGCUCUGAGCAUAUCAAAGCAAAAGGUAUUAAUGUGCAAGACAGCAUGUAUUUUGCUCCAUCACUGAAGGACUUCACCCAGUAUAUAUUUGCAGAGAAACUAAAACAGGAAAAAGGUUCAGAUGCAUCUUGGAAGAAUGAUGAAGAACCACCACCUGAAGCCUUGGAUUUCAGUGAUGAUGAAAAAGAAAGAGAGGCGAAACAGAAGAAAAAGAAGCCUCAAAGUCAAGGAAGGAGGAAACUCAAAUCAGACACAAAUGCAUCAAGUGAGAAUAAAGGACUUCAUCAGUCAGUGCAACAGCCUGCUUCAGGUUAUUCAAGGGGAUACCGUGGCAGAGGGUUCUCCAGGGAUCCAUUUCCUCCUCCAUCAGUCCCUCCAGGUUUUUUGAGACCACAAGAAAGACCACCACAGCUAUACUCUUCAGACAACAGAAUACAUCAGGAAUCUCCAUUGUUUCCACAACCUCAUAGAAAAGAAAAUCCAAUGAUGCAACAAUAUCCCUUUGCUCCUCCAGUUUUUGGUUCUGUUAAUGAGAUGCAUCAAUUCCACCUUCCGCCUUCAAAUCUGAAUAUGAUUUGGACAGGCCCGAAUAUGUACAACUCAUCAUACGCAUUUUUGCCGCCACCGCCGCCUCCUCCACCUCCUCCGCCUCCUCCAGAUAGCCAUCCUUCUCAGUUCAGGCCUUACUAA